AUGUGGGAGACCCUGUUGAGGGACGGGGUGAAACAGCUGCGGCUGCGGAGCCUGGACUUUACCGACCUGUGGGAGGAGGAGGAUGUGGGGGUGAUGGAGGGCCCGGGCCCGGCCCCUCCCCCCGGGGUCAGCAGCCCCCCUCCCCCACCCCCACCCCCGGCCCCGGCCCGGCCUCGGCCCCAGGCUCCGCCGGGCCCACCCCGCACCGUCCGCCUCUUCUGGAACAGCCUCCGGGACCUCCCGCUCCUGCCCCGGUGCGGCCACUUCGGACCCCGGACCAUCUGGGCCUCCCUGGAGCCGGUGGCCGUCGACGACGCCGCCCUCCGCCGCCUGUUCGCCAGCAAGAGCGGCGCCGGCGGCCUCCAGCCUCCGUGCCCCGGGAGGAAGCAGGAGCUGACCGUCCUGGGCCUGAUGAGGAGCAACGCCAUCAACAUUGGCCUGACCGCUCUGCCUGCCCCUCACGUCGUCCAGGCCGCUCUUCUCAGCUUUGACCAGUGCGUCCUCGAGAAAGACGCCAUUGAGAGGCUCCUGACAAUGGUCCCCACAGACGAAGAGCUGGAGAAAAUCCGUGAGGCACAGCAGGCCAACCCCAGCCAGAGGCUAGGCAACGCAGAGCAAUUCCUGCUCACACUGGCAUCAGUGAGCGAGCUGCAGGCCAGGUUACAGCUGUGGGCCUUCAAAACAGAGUAUGAGAGCCGGGAAAAGGACAUUGCGGUCCCUCUCUUUGACCUGAAGGUGGCGAUGGAGCAGCUCGUGGCCAACAAAACCUUCCGCUGUGUCUUAGCGACUCUCCUGGCCAUCGGCAACUUCCUCAACGCUGCACACGCUAAGGGUUUCGAGCUGAGCUACCUGGAGAAGGUGCCUGGGGUUAAAGACACAGUUCACAGGCAGUCCCUGCUGCACCAUGCCUGCUCCAUCAUCACCGAGAGCUUUCCCGACACCACCGACCUGUACUCGGAGAUCACUGCGGUUACACGCUCAGCCAAGGUUGACUUCUCCCAGCUUCAGGCCGACCUGGGCCAACUCGAGCUCAGCUGCAAGGCAGCGUGGGACCACUUGAAGGCCGUCGCCAAGAGAGACAGCAGCCCCGCCUUCAGGAGCAAGACCCCGGCCUUCCUGAAGGAGUGCGCCCAACGCAUCAUCAUCCUGAAGGCGGUCCAGAGGCGCAUCCGCAACAGGUUCAAUUCCUUUCUCCUGUACUUUGGCUAUCCAAGCUCCAGCGUCCGAAACAUGACCAUGGGCAAGUUCUUCAAACUCAUCAGUGACUUUGCCCUGGAAUAUCACACGACCCGAGCCCAGAUCCUACAGCAGAAGGAGAGGAAGGAGAGGGAGAGACUGCAGCGAGAGGAAUGUGAGCGGCAGGCUGGCUCGGGCAGCCCGCUGGCAGUCUCCGGGGUGGCGAGCCAGGGCGCGUACCCCGAGGUGAGCCGACAGCACAAGCACAUGACGGAGAUCCUGAACACCCCAGAGAGGACUCGGAAGUACGACUCCAGCCUUCCCAGGUCUAGGAGCAAGAAGCUGGAGAGGACUGGGUCUGCCAUGAAGAAGUUUCCGUGGUGACCAGGGAGAGGGGGAUCGCCCUGCCAGAGCGAGGACUGCUCAGCAGAGGGCUGACACGGGGCUCGAUGGGCCGAGCGGUCUCACUCACUGCUGUGAGGGAGCAGCGGCCGUUAACGUCGGGUAAUGGUGGAGAUCCCAGACCACACACGGGGCUGCAUUCCUCUCUCAGAAAUGGCACCACAGUACGCUUUUCCAGGAUGAAAGGGUACGCACCUCCAGCCUCAGCUACCGCAGCAAGAAUGGGACUAUUCCCAGCAUUAGCAUCAGCUCGGUUCACUGAGUCGGGAGGUACAGAGACCAGGCGACCUGAAAUUCUCACAAUUCAUAGCCACCGAAGUAGUGUGUGUCGUUA